AUGUCUGGUCGUGGAAAAGGUAAAGCAAAGGGAACCAAGUCAAAGACUCGUUCAAGCCGUGCCGGUCUACAGUUCCCCGUCGGUAGAGUGCAUCGAUUCCUGCGUAAAGGCAACUACGCCGAAAGAGUUGGUGCCGGCGCACCAGUGUAUUUAGCCGCCGUUCUCGAGUAUUUAGCCGCAGAAAUCCUCGAGUUGGCUGGUAACGCCGCCCGCGACAACAAGAAAUCAAGAAUCAUUCCACGACAUUUGCAGCUGGCCGUGAGAAACGACGAAGAAUUGAACAAAUUGAUGUCCGGUGUCACCAUUGCACAGGGCGGGGUACUGCCAAACAUUCAGGCUGUACUUUUGCCAAAGAAGACUGGGUCACACGCCAAGAAGACCUCGCAGUCGCUCGAAUAUUAA